UCAAUGUUGUCAUCGUUCAAAAUUUGUAUCGUGAAUUUGUAAGUUUUAUUCGUACAAAAAUUAGACAUUAAUUUUAAUAUUUCCUUUAGAUAAGUGGUUAUCAAUAAAUCGGCUAUGUAUUUCAUUAUAAUCAGUCCUCUAUUCGCCACUUAGUUUGUGAAAUGACAAAGCCGGAUAGUAGAGACUUUGAGGAGAGGUAUAACGCUUGUUUCGUUGAUUUCGCCAUAAAAACUGCUGCCGGCCUCAUCAUCGGCAGUAUGAUGGGCAGCUUCUUCCUGAAAGGCAUAAGGAAAUGGCCCAUGUAUAUCGGUGGAGGGAUCGGCUUCGGGAUGGCCUACACCAACUGCGAAAAUAGCCUGAACAACUUCUUACUGUCAAUGGACCCUAAAGUCUGUGUCAUAAAGUAA